AUGAGCCAUCCAAAAACUACAAAUGGCUCCGACAUAAUCGUCGACGGCGAAAAGCAAGACGAAAUCCAACGUCAAGCAUCCUUCGGCGAAGCCACAGCCCAAAUGUUUCAAACGGACCUCGAGAAAGAAAAAACCAUUCAAGGCACUGCUCAUUUCCACCGCCUAGGCUGGAAGCGCCUCACCGUUAUCCUCAUCGUGCAGGCUAUUGCCCUUGGUAGUCUAAGUCUCCCCGGAGCUUUUGCUACCCUUGGAAUGGUCGCUGGUGUUAUAUUAUGCAUUGGGAUUGGCCUUAUCGCCAUGUAUGCUAGUUACAUGGUUGGUCUUGUCAAGCUUAAGUAUCCCGAUAUUGAUCAUUAUGUCGACGCUGGUCGGCUUUUGAUGGGAGGCUUUGGCGAUAAGCUGUUCGCUGUUGUCUUUUUGGGUCUCUUGAUACUAGCUACUGGCUCCCACUGCUUAACCGGCACAAUUGCGCUGGUCAAGAUCACAGGCAGCAGCAUAUGUAAGCUCAGCUUCGGAAUCAUCUCUGCCGUCAUCCUGAUGAUCUUGGCAAUCCCGCCUUCGUUCACAGAGAUUGCGAUCCUCGGUUAUAUCGACUUUAUCUCCAUCAUCCUUGCCAUCGGUAUCGUUAUGAUCGCGACCGGUAUUCAGAGAUCCGACGCCCCAGGUGGCUUCUCUUCGUCGACUUGGUCAGCGUGGCCCCAAGAAGAUCUGGGCUUCACGCAAGCUCUUACUGCAGUGUCCAACAUCGUCUUCUCGUAUGCAUUUGCUGCUGCCCAGUUUUCCUUCAUGUCCGAAAUGCAUACGCCCGCCGAUUUCACCAAAUCCAUCAUCACUUUGGGUCUGACCGAAAUCGUCUUGUAUACAAUUACAGGAUCAGUCAUCUAUGCGUUCGUGGGUCAGGAAGUUCAGUCCCCAGCCUUGUUAUCCGCAAGCCCACUAGUGUCGAAAGUCGCGUUUGGCAUCGCCUUGCCAGUCAUCUAUAUCUCAGGAUCGAUCAAUGCCACGGUUGCUUGCAGAUUCAUUCACGGUCGACUUUAUCAGAACACUAUUACUAGGUUUAUUAAUACUCGCAAAGGUUGGAUCACUUGGUUGGCCGUCGUUGCCUUUGUUAUCUUCCUCUCGUGGGUUAUCGCAGAGGCAAUCCCAUUUUUCUCCGAGCUUCUGGGAAUCUGUGCCGCGCUAUUUAUUUCGGGAUUUUCAUUCUGGAUCCCUCCCAUCAUGUGGUUCUUCCUUCUAAAGGAGGGAAAUUGGUAUGAUAAGCACAAUGUCAAGCGUGCGGCUUGUAACUGCAUUGUAUUUAUCGUGGGUUUCUUUGUGUUUAUUGCCGGCACAUAUGCCAGUAUCGACCAGAUCAUUGCAAAAUUCAACGGUGGUGAUGUUGGUAGACCUUUCUCCUGCAAUGUGGCUUGA